GCCAGCCAUGCGAUAGUCCUAUCGAACCAACGGCCUAUCGAAACGUCGGCCAAUCGAAAUUGUUCAUCCCUGGAAGACAAGAAAAAAAUAAUAUAUAAUAAUAGAAUAUUCCACCGUGUUAAUAUUGCCAAGCAUUGUUUUCCGCGUCUUCGCUGUCGGUAAUUGGGCAACUGUCAGAACGACCACAAAGCCAGCACUCGAAGGGCCCUGAACAGCCGCAUAAUCGGCAGAAGAUACGAGACAUCAUCGACAGGCCAACUAAACCACAACGACAACUACAUCCGCAGCCAAAUCCCAAUCCAUAUCCAAGUCCAAGUCCUAUUUCGAGUGAAAAGACAGCGAAAUGCCACUGUUCGGAAAGUCACAGAAGUCGCCAGUGGAGCUGGUCAAGUCGCUGAAGGAGGCGAUCAACGCCCUGGAGGCGGGCGACCGCAAGGUGGAGAAGGCGCAGGAGGACGUCAGCAAGAACCUGGUCUCGAUCAAGAACAUGCUUUACGGGAGCAGCGAUGCCGAGCCGCCGGCGGACUAUGUGGUGGCGCAGCUGUCCCAGGAGCUAUACAACAGCAACCUGCUACUGCUGCUCAUCCAGAACCUGCACCGCAUCGACUUCGAGGGCAAGAAGCAUGUGGCACUCAUUUUCAAUAAUGUGCUGCGCCGCCAAAUUGGCACCCGUUCGCCCACCGUCGAGUAUAUAUGCACGAAGCCGGAGAUCCUGUUCACCCUGAUGGGCGGUUACGAGGAUGCGCAUCCGGAGAUCGCCCUGAACUCCGGUACCAUGCUGAGAGAGUGCGCCCGGUACGAGGCGCUGGCCAAGAUCAUGCUGCACUCGGAUGAGUUCUUCAAGUUCUUCCGCUACGUGGAGGUUUCCACAUUUGACAUUGCCAGCGAUGCCUUCUCUACGUUCAAGGAGCUACUCACGCGCCACAAGCUGCUGUGCGCGGAGUUCCUGGACGCCAACUACGACAAGUUUUUCUCGCAGCACUACCAGCGCCUGCUUAACUCGGAGAACUAUGUGACGCGGCGUCAGAGCUUGAAGCUGCUUGGAGAACUGCUGCUGGACCGGCACAACUUCACCGUGAUGACGCGCUAUAUAUCCGAGCCGGAGAACCUCAAGCUAAUGAUGAACAUGCUCAAGGAGAAGUCGCGCAACAUUCAGUUCGAGGCGUUUCACGUCUUCAAGGUGUUCGUGGCAAAUCCCAACAAGCCGAAGCCCAUUCUGGAUAUCCUGCUGCGCAAUCAGACCAAGCUGGUCGACUUUCUGACCAACUUCCACACGGAUCGCUCCGAGGACGAGCAGUUUAACGACGAGAAGGCCUAUCUGAUCAAGCAGAUAAAGGAGCUUAAGCCGCUGCCCGAGGCUUAGUUGGACCUCCACCUCGGCUCCAACUUCAGCUCCGACUUCAGCUCCAACUCCAGCUCCAGCGUCCCGGGGGCAAAAGGACCGUAGCCAGAAGCCAGAAUCGAUCGAUACGGAAGCAGAGAGAGCGAUGAUGGGUUAGCAGGAUGUGAACAUGUUUUGUGUGUGGGUUAAAGCAAAUAUAUAUUAUAUACUAUAUUUUGUGACGAUGAUGACUCUACACUUGUGAGUAACUAAAAACAAUAAUUUAGACAACAACAAGAACACUGAUGAUAAUGAUAAAUAACGAUAAAGCGAAUUAGAAAAC